GUAUAAAGAUAAUAUGUAUGUAUGAUUUAUUGAUUAAUCUUCAAUCUUGCGAGAAUAUAGUUUAAUUCGUUGUAACCGAUUUAAUUUAUUCUAAAAUAAAUCGUGCGGUUUUGAAAUAGUGUACGUAUGUACAUGAUCCUCUGCUGAUGAUCCAGGAAUUUAGUACGUAAUGCUACAUCAUCUUAUGGCAUAAGAGUUCUCUUCCAUAUCAUCAUAUUCACUUUACCGAUAGUCCUUGCUCUUAUCAUUUGGUUAAUUAUAGUUUUAAUUUCCAAAGACGAGUGCGCUUUACAGCAUAUUUAAUUCACAUUUGUUUUUAUCUUCUUUUCUUUUAAAUUGAAAAAAAAUAGUUAAAUAGCAGUGAUAGCGAUUCGUUAGGGAUCAAUUUUUUAAUUCGUUUUAUUGCAAUUUGUGCAAAAUGGGUUUGAAAUUUGGCAAUUUACCGGUUCGUAUUCAUAGAAUUGCAUACUAUGGUUUAUCGCCGUUGGAGCAACGAGCUUGGGCAAAAUCGAUAACGCAUGGACUACCCAAUUUGGUGAAUAGAGCAAUGCGUGCGCUUCCAACCGUGCUUCCAAGUUUUAUAAUGUCAGCUGUGAUAUAUAAGUGGUCAUAUGCAGCACAUGAUCGAUAUACUCGUAAAGAUCCCAAAUUAUACGAGAAUGACAAAUAAAUGCAAUUAUCGAUUAAGAUUAUUUUUAAGUUCAACAUAAUUUUUGUUUUACAAAUAAAAUUUUUACUUGAUUGUUACCCUUGAAAUUGUUUCUGGAGUUUAAUAAAAGAUAUAUCGAAAA